CCAGAUCUCGCGAACAGUCCUGCAGCUGUCGUACACCCGGUGACCCUAAGCAGAGUCUCAGGACCACCAUGUCCACCGUCCUGCGCUGCGUGUCCAGCUCCUGUCUGUCUCUGUCCCAGAGGAGACUCCAGCAGAAACCACUCAGCAGGACCUUCAGGACCUUCCCUGUCCUAUGGGACCAAACAGCCUCCAGAGGUGUGCCCUACAGAGACCUGGUGGUCGGCGUUCCUAAGGAGACUCUUCAGAACGAGCGCCGUGUGGCCUUGUCUCCUGCGGGGGUCCAGGCUCUCGUCAAACAGGGCUUCGGGGUCCAGGUGGAGAGCGGCGCCGGAGACGAGUCCAAGUUCUCGGAUCAGCUGUACCGAGACGCCGGAGCGACGAUCACUGACGUCAGAGGGGCCCUCGGAUCGGAUCUAGUCCUUAAGGUCCGAGCUCCCACUCUGAGCGAGGUAGACCUCAUGAAGGCCCGGUCCACCUUGGUGAGCUUCAUCUACCCAGCACAGAACCCAGACCUGAUGAAGAAGCUGUCAGAGAGGCAGAGCACGGUUCUGGCCAUGGACCAGGUGCCCAGAGUCACCAUCGCUCAGGGCUACGACGCUCUCAGCUCCAUGGCUAACAUUGCAGGAUACAAGGCUGUGGUUCUGGCUGCUAAUCACUUCGGUCGGUUCUUUACGGGUCAGAUCACUGCGGCAGGAAAGGUUCCUCCGGCCAAGGUUCUGGUCAUUGGAGGCGGGGUGGCCGGUCUAGCAGCGGCAGGAGCAGCUAAGUCCAUGGGGGCCAUCGUGAGAGGAUUUGACACCAGACCUGCAGCUCUGGAGCAGUUCAAGUCAUUUGGGGCGGAGCCUCUGGAGGUGGACAUCAAAGAGUCGGGUGAUGGGGUCGGAGGUUACGCCAGAGAGAUGUCCAAAGAGUUCCUGGAGGCAGAGAUGGACCUCUUCUCCAAGCAGUGCAAAGAGGUGGACAUCAUCAUCAGCACAGCUCUGAUCCCAGGGAAACGAGCUCCGGUUCUUAUUAAGAAAGAGUUUGUUGAGUCCAUGAAGGACGGCUCUGUGGUGGUGGACCUGGCUGCUGAGGCCGGGGGGAACAUCGAGACCACCAGACCUGGAGAGCUGCACAUUCACAAGGGCGUGACUCACGUGGGCUACACGGACCUCCCGAGCCGGAUGGCCACCCAGGCCAGCACCCUGUACUCCAACAACAUUCUGAAGCUCCUGAAGGGCAUCAGUCCAGACAAGGAGUACUUCCACUACGAGCCCACCGAGGACUUCGACUACGGAACCAUAGACCACGUCAUCAGGGGGACUCUGGUCAUGCAGGAAGGCAGGAACAUGUUCCCGGCCCCCCUCCCUAAGACGCUCCCCCCAGCUCCAGUCCAACAGAAGACUGUGGCAGAGCUGGAGGCGGAGAAAGCUGCAGCCGUUUCACCUUUCAAACGAACUUUGACCUCUGCCAGUGUCUACACUGCAGGUGUUUCCACCUGCCUCGCUCUGGGGAUCAUCUCACCCAACGCAGCGUUCACUCAGAUGAUCACGACCUUCGGUCUGGCAGGGAUCGUGGGAUACCACACGGUGUGGGGCGUGACCCCCGCUCUGCACUCGCCCCUUAUGUCUGUUACCAACGCCAUUUCAGGUCUGACUGCAGUAGGGGGUUUGGUCCUGAUGGGUGGGGGUCUCACACCCUCCUCCCUGCCUGAGAGUCUGGCUCUGGCUGCUGCCUUCGUUUCCUCCAUCAACAUUGCAGGAGGCUUCCUGAUCACCCAGAGGAUGUUGGACAUGUUCAAACGUCCCACGGACCCUCCUGAGUAUAACUACCUGUACCUGCUGCCGGGGGUGGGGUUUGUUGGCGGAUAUGGAAUCUCAGUGGCUGCUGGCUACAACAUCGAGCAGAUGAUGUACUUAGGUUCGGGUCUUUGUUGUGUUGGAGCGCUGGCGGGCCUCUCUGCCCAGAACACGUCUCGUUUGGGGAACGCUCUGGGCAUGAUGGGCGUGGCGGGGGGCCUUGCUGCCACCAUCGGUGCCCUGAAGCCUUCAGUGGAGCUGCUGUCUCAGAUGUCUCUGGCCAUGGCCACUGGAGGAACCCUGGGCCUCACCAUUGCCAAGCGUAUUGAAAUCACAGACCUGCCUCAGCUGGUGGCAGCCUUCCACAGCCUGGUGGGACUGGCAGCGGUUCUCACCUGCAUCGCCGAGUACAUGAUCGAGUUCCCUCACCUGGACACCCAUGCAGCUGCCGGGGUUAUCAAGACUGUGGCGUAUCUGGGCACCUACAUCGGUGGCGUCACCUUCAGCGGAUCUCUGGUGGCCUAUGGAAAGCUCCAAGGUCUCCUGAACUCGGCGCCCCUGCUGUUGCCAGGUCGACACAUGUUGAACGCGGGUCUGAUGGCGGCCUCCGUGGGGAUCAUGGUGCCCUUCAUGCUCAGCUCCAGCUAUGGGACCGGCAUGGGCUGUCUGCUGGGGGUGUCUGGGCUUUCAGCUGUAAUGGGUGUGACCCUCACGGCGGCCAUCGGUGGAGCCGACAUGCCCGUGGUCAUCACGGUCUUAAACAGCUACUCAGGCUGGGCGCUCUGCGCUGAAGGCUUUCUACUGGACAAUAACCUCAUGACGAUCGUCGGAGCCCUGAUUGGCUCCUCCGGCGCCAUCCUGUCGUACAUCAUGUGUGUGGCCAUGAACCGCUCACUGCCCAACGUGAUCCUGGGGGGGUACGGCACCACCUCCACAGCAGGAGGGAAGCCCAUGGAGAUUGUUGGCACUCACACCGAGGUCAACGUGGACCAAACUAUUGACAUCAUCAAGGAAGCCAACAACAUCAUCAUCACUCCAGGUUGGGGUCUGUGUGCAGCCAAAGCCCAGUACCCCAUUGCAGACAUGGUGAAAAUGCUGAGGGAACAGGGGAAGACUGUCAGGUUCGGGAUCCACCCGGUGGCCGGUCGGAUGCCUGGCCAGCUGAACGUUCUUCUGGCUGAAGCUGGCGUUCCCUACGACGUGGUUCUGGAGAUGGACGAGAUCAACGACGACUUUCCAGAGACGGACCUGACGCUGGUCAUCGGCGCCAACGACACGGUGAACUCUGCCGCUCAGGAGGAUCCCAACUCCAUCAUCGCUGGCAUGCCGGUCCUGGAGGUCUGGAAGUCCAAACAGGUUAUCGUGAUGAAGCGGACUCUGGGCGUGGGCUACGCAGCUGUAGACAACCCCAUCUUCUACAAACCCAACACGUCCAUGUUGCUCGGAGACGCCAAGAAGACCUGCGACGCCCUGCAGGGCAAGAUCAGGGAGGCCUUUUACUAAACUACCAAACUACAGCAGGUUUAGUGCAUUCAGCUCUAGAUGUUCUCAGAUUUACAGGAUCUACUGGAGAGGCAGUGAGGU